AUGGGAGAAAUAAUUUAAAUGAAUUUUGGAGACAUCGGAAAUAAUAUUGGUCAUUAAUACUUAGAGAAAUUGAUAGAUGAUCAUUAUCUCAAUGAUAAAAGUAAUUCGUUGAGUAAUCAGUAUACAUAAAAAAUACAUGUAUCAUUUGAGGAGUAAAGGAACCAAUAAUACUAGUUUAGAGGUAUAUUUGAUAAUUCAAGUGAUUGUAUAACUAUUAAAUAUAUUAAAGAAUUUACUAAUAAACUAUUGACUUCUCCGGAAUGCCAAUAUAUCAAUAAUGAUUUAUUAUUAUCUAAAAGAAAUAGAAAUAUAUCAGGGGCAUUUUCAAAUGGUUAAAACUAUUAUAAAGACUAAGUAUAAGAUGAACUUUUUGAAAAAUUGAAUCGACAUAUAGAAAGAUGUGAUAAAUUUUUCGGAUGCAAUUUCAUUCAUUCUACUUAUGAUAAUUCAUCAGGACAAUCAUCUCAUGCCAUCAAUUAAUUUCGUGAGAGAUUUCCAAGUAAAAUGUGUAGUUCCUUUUCAUUAAUUCCAAAUAUUGUAAGUACAAACACAAUUGAAAUAUACAAUAUGACUUUUUCAUUAAAUCACUUAAUUGAGAAUUCUGAUAUAGUUAUGCUAUUUGAUUAUGGAGCAUUGGAAAAAAAACUGUAAAAACUAAAUUAGUUAUGUACUUUUGAAAAUAACAAUAACAUUAUAGCUGAAUGUAUAUUAUAAAUGAAUUGUUCUUAACGUUUUCCAGGACAUUUGAAUGGAGAUUUUAAAAAGAUUGCAGUUAAUUUAACUCCAUUUCCACGUCAACAUUUUUUUACAUGUGCAUUUGCACCAUUUAAUACUAAUUCUGAUUGGAUUUCUUAAUUAUAACAUUUAAGUAUACCUGAAAACACAUAUCUAACAUAUCACAAUAUAACAAGAAAUUAAUAUUUUGCUCAAUCAUUAAUUACUAGAUGUAGUACAAAUAAUAUGGAUUUUCAUUAAGUUUUUUCAAAUUUUGUAAAUAAAGUAGAAUGGAUUGCUGAUGGAGGUGUUCAUAUAAAUUGUAAAGUUGAAAAUAGAAAUCUAGGAAAAACAGUUAUGCAUGUAGGAAAUCAUAGGGAUUUAGGGCAACUCUUUAAAACUCAUGCUGAGAUAUUUACAGCAAAUUUUAGAAGAAAAGCUUUCGUGCAUUAUUAUCUUUCGGAUGGUAUGGAUGAAAUGGAAUUCACAGAAGCUGAAUCAAAUCUAAAUGACUUUGUUUCUGAGUAUUAAUAGUGUUGUUGUGGAACAUUUAGUGAUGAUGAAGAAUAUUAUGAAUAAUCAGAAGAUUACAAUUGAGAAUUAUU